GUCAUAAGAGCGAGCCCCAUGCUACCUCUGGACGACAUGACAUGCUAACACUUGCUAAAAACAAUUUACUUUUUUACUUGCAUCGUUCAAAAUAAAUUGCUGUAACGAUGCUUGCAUGUAAACGGACCUUCGGGAACACAAUGAUUUCAGCACAUCGUAUUUUGUGUAGAAAAGUUGUAUUUUCUGGUCAGACACACAGAUGUCUGUCCACACAAACAGAGGGAGAAGUUCGGAUUGUGAAAAUAUUAAAAGAGAAGUUUCCUUUAGCCUCUUCGCUCAAAGUUGUGGAUAUAUCAGGUGGAUGUGGAGCAAUGUAUGAGAUUCAUAUUGAGUCCAGUGAGUUCAAAGGAAAAAGAACUGUUCAACAACACCAAUUAGUCAACCAGGCACUCAAAGAUGAGAUACAAGGAAUGCAUGGUCUUAGAAUAUUCACUGAAGUCCCAAAGAAUUAAACUCUUGAGGAGAUUCUUAUGUUAAUUGUAGACUAUAACUUUAUUUACAUAUCAGAAUGUACCAGAGUAAACUUGUCUUUGUGUAUGCGUAAUAAUGAUAUUCAUUGCCAAAAAUACUUUUGCAUUCACCUCUGAGGAUUUUUCUCUGAAAUUAUGAGCCAGUGAAGCUAGGAAACGCACAAAAUAAAAAGCUGCUUUUUUUGUAAGAAGUUUAGGCUGUGAUGUUGUAUAGUAAACUGUCAUGUCUUCACAACUACCUACAUAACAACUCUGAAUAAGGUAACACUAUAAAAAUGUGUUAAAUAUGUUAUGUUAAUGUUAAAUAAAUUACUUGGUUA